CAUGUGCGCCGGCGCAGGCUGUAUUAUUGUUUACGUAGCCAUUGAGGACGGUUCGUUUAAAAUUAACAAGAAUUUAAUUAUUAUUUCAAAUAGUUUGGACCACUUUAAAAAUUACUAAGCAGUGCGUAAAAGUGAAAAAUGUUGGGCAAAAAUGCAAAAAUGUUAUUUGGACUGUCAAUAUGUGCAUUAAUAAUAUCAGUGUUGCUAGCUGCAUGGGGCUUCCCGAGAAUCGUCAAACAGCAGAUCCAGAAGAGCGUACAAUUGGACAACGACUCGAUGAUGUUUGAGAAAUGGCGCAAAAUUCCAUUUCCGCUGUUUUUCAAAGUCCACGUGUUUAACGUUACCAACGUUGAUGAUAUAAUGGCUGGAAAGAAGCCUGUACUCCAGGAAGUUGGACCUUUUGUAUACAAGGAAUAUCGCGAACGGACUAUUCUGGGAUACGGUGAGAACGAUACCAUCAAAUACACCAUGAAGAAAUCGUUUGUGUAUGACCAAGAAGCGUCAGGGUCUCUUUCAGAGGACGAAGAACUCACAGUUAUAAACUAUUCUUAUAUGAAUGCUAUUCUAACAGCACAUGAUCUGAUGCCAGGAAUUAUGCCGAUGCUGAACGAUGCGAUGUCUGGCUUCUUUAGUACUGAUGGAACACCGUUCAUUAAGAUCAAGGCAAGGGAUCUAUUCUUCGAUGGAAUGUAUUUAAAUUGCUCACUAAACCACUCCGCACUAGCUUUAAUAUGCGGGAAAAUCAAAGCAGACACUCCUCAAGUAAUGAGACCAGCAAAAGAAGGGAAUGGAUUUUAUUUCGCACUGUUCGAUCAUUUAAACAGAACAGAAUCGGGCCCAUACGAAAUGGUACGAGGCACGCAGAACAUCAACGAACUUGGCCACAUCCUCUCGUACCAGGACAAACCAUCCAUGGACCAAUGGAUGGAUAACUACUGCGGGAUGAUAAAUGGCUCAGAUGGCUCCAUCUAUCCACCGAUAAACGAAAAUAAUGUACCGAGUAGAUUGUAUUACUUCGAGCCACAAAUUUGCAGAUCAAUCUUCGUGUCCCUGGUCGGACAGCGUGCUUUUAUGAACAUGAGCACUUACUACUAUGAAGUAGAUUCAUCUAUGCUAGCCUCCAAAAGUGCCAAUCCAGAUAAUAAAUGCUUCUGCAAAAGGAAUUGGAGUAGCAAUCAUGACGGUUGUUUGCUUAUGGGGACAUUUAAUCUAAUGCCAUGUCAGGGUGGCCCCGCUAUUAUCUCUUUACCGCAUUUCUACCUCGCUUCUGAAGAACUACUGGACUACUUCGGUGGUGGAAUUAGCCCCGAUCGUGAAUUACAUACGAGCUUUCUAUACAUUGAACCUACUACAGGAGCGAUGCUAAGGGGAAUCCAAAGGAUCCAAUUCAAUAUAGAAUUAAGGAAUAUUCCUAAUGUGCCCCAGUUGGCAACUGUUAAGACUGGCCUAUUUCCUCUACUUUGGAUGGAAGAGGGUGUAGAGAAGUUACCAGACGAUAUUGUGAAGGAUUUACGCGAUGCGCAUACAACUUUAGGCUAUGUGGAGGCAGCAAGGUGGUUAAUUGUUGUCAUCGCAGCAUUUAUGUGUAUUGGUUCAGCGGUGUGUGUCGUACGAUCAGGCGCCGCAGCCGUGUGGCCCCGAACGAAUAAUUUUGUAUUAAACGCUGGAAAUCGUUUAGAUAUUAAUAAAGGACGAAAUUAGAUUAUAAUGACCCACUAGAGACAGUAAUUUGAUGUUUGACACUUAUUGAAUAUUAGAGAUUAUUUCGUGGUGGUUAUUUUUUUGUAA